CAACGAGUGAAACAUUACGUAAUUAUUACUCAUAAUUGUCUGCAAAUUGCAAUCAUUUGAAUCACUAUUUGCUGGCAAUUGUCGUCUAAAUCAGUGAAUCCACUCUCAAUUCAUUCAUACAAUUGACUGGAUUUAUAAAAGCCAUUCAACAACUCGUUGAUCGUAUCGUGUUAUCCCAUAUACCGAAUUUGUCACAAAAACUGAAUGUAUGAAUGUUUGCAGUAUUAAAGCAAAUGAAAGCAAAUAUUUGGCAUAAAAAUAUUGAAUCACUACUGAAAUCGUUUCAAUCAUCACAAAUAGAGUCUGUAAUGGAUUUGUCGACGAAUGCCAAGCGAUUCUGUGCCGAAUCGGACGAAGUGGGGAACGGGAGGCCGCGAGUGGGCACUCACGACGGCAUGUUUCAUUGCGAUGAAAUACUGGCCUGUUUUCUGUUGAGACAACUGUCCCAAUACUCGAACGCGUCCAUCGUUAGGACUAGGGAUGAGUCUGUGCUCAAAGACAUGGAUGUGGUGGUGGACGUGGGAGGGGUGUACGACCCGCAGCGGCACCGCUACGAUCACCACCAAAGAGACUUCAAACACACUCUGAGCUCACUUUUGCCGGACAAAGCGUUUCACAUAAAACUCAGUUCCGCUGGUCUUGUGUUCACUCAUUUCGGUCAUCAAAUAAUCGCAAAGUUUCUCAAUUGGGAUAAAAGUGAUGACAAAACAGACCUCAUCUUCGAUAAAGUGUACGAAAACUUUGUGCAAGAGAUCGAUGCCAUCGAUAAUGGCGUCAGUGUAUGCGAAGGGGAGCCUAAGUAUAGAAUUUCAACGAACCUGAGCUCAAGAGUGGCUAAUCUGAUCCCUCAAUGGAAUGAAGUGUCUUCUGAUGAGAUCCUAUACAAGAAAUUCAUGGAAGGCAUCGAAUUAGUGGGACAGGAGUUCAGAGACAAAGUCCACUAUUACGGAGAGGUGUGGUGGCCGGCCAGACAACACGUCCAGUCAGCCAUUGAGGAGCGUCUUGAUGUCCACCAAAGCGGACACAUAAUUGAAUUAAAACAAGUGAUCCCAUGGAAGGAACACCUCUUUAUUCUGGAAAAGAGUGAUUCCAUUAAACCCGACNCACACCUUACAUACAAACGCACCAAAGCCUCAGCGCUUAUAUCCCGUACACACAGCGUAUACCAUGUUAACGAAUCUCCGUCUUCAGGAGUGACCGUAUCGUCCGACGCAAAGACGGUGUACGAGGAGGUGAAGAAAGACAAGAAACACCGGUAUAUCAUAUAUCACAUCAAAGACGAGAGGACGGUGUACGAGGAGGUGAAGAAAGACAAGAAACACCGGUAUAUCAUAUAUCACAUCAAAGACGAGAGGGUGAUCGACGUGGAGUCGACCGGAGCACGUGAUGCCACAUACUCCGAGUUCUUGGAGAAGCUGCAGAACUACAAGAACGAGUGCAGAUACUGUGUGUUUGACUUCCCGGCUAACAUUCCCGUCGACGCCGGACAGGAGAAGUCGUCGAUGAGUGUCGACCGACUGGUGCUGAUGACUUGGUGUCCCGAGAGCUCGAAGAUCAAGCAGAAGAUGCUGUACUCGUCAUCCUAUGACGCCCUGAAGAAGGCGUUGGUGGGCGUGUAUAAGUACGUGCAGGCCUGCGACUUCGAGGAGGCCUCCCAAGAGACCAUUGAGGAGGCCUUCCGAAAGGGCAAGAACUGAACACCCAUUUCUUAAUCUCAUCCCUGAGUUAUAACUAAAUUUAUAAUUAUUAUUAAUUGUAUUGAAAGUAAUAAGUGAUCCGAUGAAUGACAACAAACUUUAACCGAUAAAUAAAAUUCAACACAAAUUUCUGUCAAUAUUUUUAAUUUAUUAUAUAAAAUGCAAUGUCUUUUGAAAGGUUUUAAUUAAAAAACUGUUUUUGUCAUUAUUUUCAAUGACGCGAACAAAAUAUA